AUGAGCGCAUCGGAACAAUGGGAAGGCAAGAAACCGACGUCAAGCGGAUUGCAGGACACCCAGGACGUCUUUCAUAGUUUAUUACGCACGUAUUCUUUAUCUACCGUGUCCAGCAGUAGCAUCGAUAUCAAAAGUAGCGCCAGUUUCUCGCUGAAAAAGGCGUGGAACACGGCACGCGACCUUACGAAAAAUGCAGUGGAGACUCCGACCGUUUCUAAUGACACAGCGGACGUCAUGGAAAAUGGACAGAUAAACAAGACAACAAACAAUGAAACAGCGGUUAAGUGGCCGUUUAUGUGGGAGAGAGAGUCUACUGGUCAAAGUAUACGAACUUCAACCAUGAGUUGGCAUACAAGAUUCAAGUAUUUUGUCGGCAUGGCGAUGCUUGGGAUGCUGUUCAUUGGCAUGGCAGUUAUUUUCUUACCAUUGAUUAUGGUUCGACCAUCAAAAUUUGCCUUGAGUUUUGCACUCGGCGGUAUGUGCUCAAUGGGUGUUUUAGCCAUGCUUAAAGGUUUAACGGUGUACGCGCGUAGCAGGAACAGCAAGCUCACGAAACGGUGA